ACCGCAAGGCCUCUCUUCUCCUAUCUCCAUCCUUCCGCUCUAUCUCGCGUUCGCUUCUUAAAUUUAACCUAAAUUUUCGAAGUUUUUCGAUUAUUUCCCUCUUUGUGAACACUCUUCUCUCUAUUGAGAGAAUUUAAUGAGAAAGUGGAGCUAAGAUGGAGCAAUUUGAUGGAAGAUCGGAUGCAUCAGUGGCCGUGACGAUCUCUUGCUGUUCUAUGGAUGCUCCGCCAUCGGAUAGCGGAGUUGAGGAGAAGGAUGGCUCAUUUGGGGCCUUCAAUGGUGGAAAUUUGGAGAAAGAUGGCGAUGUGGAAUGUGUUUGUGGUUCUAUAGUUGCCACUGAGAACCAUGAGAAGGAUUUUGAGAGAAAAGAUGGGAUGCUUGGAGGUAGGUAUGGCUCUGCAGUUGUUAUAGAGAUGCAUAAGAAGUCUUCCGAGAGAGAAAAUGGCAUUUUGGGAUCUGGUGAUGAUUCUAUAGUUAUUGUGGAGAGUGAUCAGAAGACUUUUGAAAAAAAAGAUGGCACUUGGGAAGCUGGCGAUGGUUCUUUCGUUUUCAUUGAUGAGAAGGCUUUUGUGAAAGAUGGGCCUUUGGAUAGUGGUACUAGUGGUUGUGUCGUUGAUAAAGUAUUGGAUAAGAAAGUCGGAGAUGGCCUUGUGUGUGUACAGGGAAAGAAACCAGCAAUACCAAGAACUUCCAGUUAUCAUGGGGUGACUAGGCAUAGAUGGACUGGAAAAUUUGAAGCUCAUUUAUGGGAUGGCACUAUCAACAUAGAAAGCAGGAAACGCAAAGGGAAACAAGUUUAUUUAGGCGGUUAUGACUCUGAGCAGAAAGCAGCAAGAGCAUAUGACCUUGCAGCUCUUAAGUAUUGGGGAGCACACUCUACUACCAAGAUGAAUUUUCCUAUUUCUGAGUACGAGCACGAACUUGAUGAGAUGAAGAAGAUGACCAAGGAUGAGUGGGUUCAAUAUUUGAGAAGGAGGAGUAGUUGUUUUUCACGAGGAAUUUCUGCUUAUCGGGGAGUGACAAGGCGGCAGAAAGAUGGGAGAUGGCAAGCUCGAUUGGGCUCGGUUGCAGGCACAAGAGAUAUCUAUCUUGGAACCUUCAAAACCGAGGAGGAAGCUGCUGUUGCUUACGAUAUUGCUGCUGUAGAGCUUCGUGGCCCAAAUGCUGUAACAAACUUUGACAUCAGUAACUACUUGGAGGGCAGCUUUAGGCGGGUACAAGGAGAAGCCUGAAGCUAUGGCAAAUGCAGUGCCAACUUCUCACUAUGAAGUGCAGAUAUUUGCCAUUCUUGUUAGGAAGAUGAUGCGCUUAUACUUGACAGACAAGCGAAUGAUAAUAUGAUGGUGCGAACAAUAGGUUAGAAUCUUAGAUUUAGUAUAAAGGUUAAUUCACUUCACUUUUUAAAAGACGUUUACACAGGUUAAGCGCCAUGCCUUUGUUGAUGUUCUGUGGUGCUUUUAAUAACACUCUUUGUCUUGAUUGUAAAUCUCAUGAUCCUAUGUUGUUUUGUGGCACGUUUAAAACUAUGUAUGGUAUCAGAUAAUGAAUAAAGCUUCCACUUUUUU